CUCCGGAGAAGUGUGCGUCACUUUCCGGAAAGUGUGCACAUCGAUGGUCCGUGGUUUUCCUCCGCUUUCACGCCCGGCAGUGUACAGAUUUGCACGAUGAGUGAGAAAAAAACUCCCCCAGAGGCUGCUCCAGGCGAUGGACUGCGAUCCCUGCGCACGACUUCCCUAUUUCGGGCUGUCAACUUUGAAUUGUACGCCAAACCCAAUGCAGUGAUAAUGGGCAUUGGAGUGGCGUGUCUUCUCGGUGCGAUGGGUUACAUAGCGUACAUGAGGUCAAAGUACGAGAAAAUGGGUUAUUACUCAGCCGUUCAGACGGACGGAUCAGAAGUGUUCACGAAGAAGCAGUCCAAAUGGGAUUGAGGAGAAAAUUUACGAGGAUCUUAGUCCAUUGCGGAGAAUUAUUUAUAGCUAAGUAGAUCAAGUGUAUGAGUCG